AUUAGAAAUUCUGUUCUUAUUUUCCCUUCUCGUUAAUUAUACUGUAUUAUCAAUUAUCAUUUAUCAUUAUAGAAUUCAAUAUUUCUGCUGUUUGUGUCUGAUGUUUACUCUUUAUUUUUAUUUUGUACUGUUAACUGAAUUGCCUUAACAGCGAUUUAAUUACUGAAAUAGAAUAGUAUAUUUAUUAACUKUUAUAAUGAAUGUACAGUUAUAGUUUUUUUUGGUUGAUGAAUUUAACCAGGUAAGGUCAAUUUGGAAAAGGCUAUUUUUUUAUCUCAUACCUUCUUCUUUUCUUUUUGAAUCAACAUAAAAUAAAUAUCAAAUAGGUUUUAAGCGCUGUUAGAGCUCAUCUUAAAUUUUUAGUUUCUCAAAAUUAUUAAUUAUAAGCAACUUUCAGAAAUAAUAUAUCACAAGAUAUUUAAAAAUGUUCCAUUAAUUUAUCUUCAUAGAUACGUUUUUUCUUACAAUUACAUUGAUUGUAAACAAAAAAUUUAGUUUAACUCUAUUUACCUACUUCUGUAUACAUGCAUCAAGAGUAAUGUCGAUUUGGAAUAAAAUGAGCCAAUGUGUGUGAAACAAAGUAUAGUUUAACUCUAAAAUUUUUUAAGAAGUAACCAUAAUUAUAAAUUAUUAUAUUAGUUUAAUUUCCUUAUAAUGAUUGCUAAGUAGGAUAACAAUUUCGAAUGAAUCGGUUGAAUCUUGUCAAGUAAUAACAUCAAUAAUAGCAAUAAUAUUUAUAUUAUUUUUGUUUAGAAACAGUUUUCAACAUAAUAUUAAUGGUAACAUAUAGAACUAAAACAAUAUAUAAGGAUUUAUAAUAAUACUUAGUAAACAAUUAUUUCGUUUCCGUUAGUUCCCUCUAMAUAGUUUUGUCUUUAUAAAUAUUAGAAGAGUUAAAACUGGACACCUAUAUUAUUUCUGAAACCCGACGUUUAUAGUAUUAUGUAAAUAAAUUUGAAUUAAAAAUAUUUUAUACUUGAAAUUUUUUUUGACCACAUCAUGGCUACUGUUGAAGAAAUUGAUGAAGCUGAACAACUUAGAUUCUUAGCAUUAAAAUCAAUGGUGAGAAGGUCCAGCAAGAAAAAAAAUAAUCCUAACACUGAUAUUGAUGAUCAGGAUAUAAUGUUACUAAGAGCAGCUGCGUUAAAGACAAUUAAUAAUAAAAGUUCUAUCAGUAAUAAAGACGAAAAUUCUGUAAAAAAUAACUUAAUAAAUGAAAAAAAAAGAAGUAGAAGUAGCCAUGUGUCUCCAUUAGCUAGUAAAAAAAGUAUUAAACUGACUGAUAAGAAAAAUAAUAAUUUGGUUACCGAUUUCACUAGCAAUACUAGUAUAGGAAAUACCACAAGACUUUCGAAAUAUGAUCCUCAACAAGAAUAUACAAGUAAGCAUAAACUUGAAUCUAUUGAAUCCCAAAGUAAGCCUGAAGUUAUCAAUAAAGAUGACGUAAAAAAAGUUAUAAGAAACGGUAGUAUUCAGCUUUCAAAUUUGGAUUCAGAAAAGUUUAAUGAAACCAUGGUAUUACACAUAACAUUUAGUUCAUCAGAAAGUGAUGAUUCAUCAAAUGAAUGUGAUGUAACAAAUGUUACAAAUGAGAAGGUAUUAACGCAGAAGAAAAAUAUCAACAAAGAUGCAUUAAAAUCAUCAGUUCCAGUAGAUGUUGUAGAUAACCAUGUUGAGGCUAUUGAUGCUAAAUCAUUAGAAGACAAUAAAUCAAAAGUGAAUAAUUGUAUGCAACAAAUAUGCAUUCUCAUGAGACAUUGUGAAUCAGAAAUUGAAAAACGUAAUCAACAAGUAGAAAUAUUAUUGCAAGCAUAUGAAAAAUAUCAAAACUAUAGUGAGUCAUUGCGGUCCAUACUUCGGGCAAUGAAAACAGUUCGUGACGAAUUGUCCUUAUAUAGUUCUGAUAACCAUUAGUAUAAUUGAAGCCUAAGUUUAAAUUCAUAAUAACUAAAAAAAUAUUAUAUGGUUACAUUUGUAUUUGUUUUUAUUUAGUAUUUUAAAUUGUACUACUCGUUUUUAUCCAACUACAUGCAAAUUAAGUAUGGCUGUGUAUUGUGAUUAACAAAAUCAUAACUGUCAUUGUAAAUAGCUAUUUUGAAUAUAAUAAAUUAUGUAUAGAUUCCAAGUUACAAAUUAUAUUUUCAUUAACAUAAGUGUAUCUUAUGGAGGUUAGGAUUUUGAAUAUUUAAAAUGUUGUAUAUAAUAUGUUAAAUAAAUAUUGAGUAUUAAUCUG